AUGGCUGAACCCUCCAAGGCUUCUGGACAGUACAACUCGGUCAUGGGCUCCGCUAAGGAGGCCGUCGGCGGCGCCAUCGAGACCGUCACUGGCUCUACCCAGCCCUCGUCGUGGACCACUGCCGGAAAGGAGCAGCACGCCAAGGGCGAGACCGAGAUCAAGGCUGCUGAGGCGAAGGCGUAUGCCGAGGGCCUCGGCGACCGCGUGCAGGGCAAGAUCGACUCGGUUGUCGGCGCUGCCACUGGCGACCGGACCAAGCAGGCCCAGGGCAACAUCCAGCACGACAAGGGCCAGGCCCAGAUGAACAUCAACGCGUAA